CUGCCCCAUCUCAUUUCAGAUCUGAAGCUGCGGUACUCGGGACUGGCAGAGCUGGAGCAGCAACAGUUCUGCCUCUGGAUCAGCGAUGCCCCUCCCUUUGGCGCUGCAGGCCCGUCUGGCAAAGCGAGGCAUUCUCAAGCACGUGGAGCCAGAGCCUGAUGAGGAGAUCAUUGCUGAGGAUUACGAUGACGAUAACGUUGAUUAUGAAGCGACGCGCCUGGAGAAGCUGCCACCGAACUGGUACAAGGUCUUCGAGCCCAGCAGCGGCCUCCCAUACUACUGGAACAUCGAGUCUGACCUAGUCUCAUGGCUACCGCCGACAGACGCGGCCGCCAUCAUCACCAAACCAGCGAAAAAGUUUAAAGAGGCUGGCGACAGCGUGGAGAGGUUUGAGCGUGAGGAACUGAAGGAGAAGUGGCUGGCACGUCACGACGAUGCCCACCGAUAUCCCAAGGGGAGGAAAGGCCGAGAGCGGAAGGAUGACAGUUUAGACCCAAUGGAUCCGAGUGCGUACUCCGAUGCUCCUCGGGGCUCCUGGUCGACGGGCCUCCCCAAGAGAAACGAGGCGAAGACAGGAGCUGACACCACGGCCGUCGGCCCACUAUUCCAGCAGAGACCGUACCCCAGCCCAGGAGCCGUGCUCAGGGCGAACGCUGAGGCCUCUCGGGGGAAAUGAUUGGGGGUUGGGUUGGGGGAGGGGGGAGCGGUGAAGGGAUGGGGAGGUGGGAAUUUUUGAGAAAGCACUGUUGCUGAAAUGCCCAGAACUCUGCUAUUGGUUGGGCUGGGAGAUGGACUGAUAACUUAUGUUCACCCGCCUCAGACGGGUGUUCUCUGAAAUUAAAACCCGAAUUCUUGUAAA